CUACCGCCACCCGCGCCGCGCUGCCCGCGGGGAACCCGCCGCCUGUCGGAAACCGGGGCCGGGACUCGGCGGAGCGAGGGCGCGGCGGGGCGCGGGGGGCUGAGGGCCGCCGCCUCACUGCCGCACAUCGCGCGGGGCCGCGGGGAGGAGGGCGGAGGGCGGCGCAGCCCCUGCCUGCUCGUGGCGCUGCGGCCGCGGAACGUGGAGGAGGAGCGGGAGCGGUUCUUCCGCGCCAGCUUCGCCUACGACCCGCAGUUCGAGUACGCCGAGCCGGUGCCCGCCGCCGUSCUGGACAAAUACGGGGCCGCCUCCGACCGCUUCGUGGCUCAGGCCAUCAGGAUWAUUCGCACUGUGCUGGAGAAGUACGGCACCUACGAGAGCUUCGAGGUCGCCACGGGCGGGAGGCUGCUGAGCAAGUGCCAGAUCUGGUCCGUGAUCCGAAAGUACAUGCAGAAGGAAGGCUGUGUGGGAGAGGUGGUGGUGCAGCUCACGGAUGACCUCCUGUCGCAGGCAGUGAUGAUGGUGGAGGACAGCCGGCCCACRCUGGCCAUCAACCUGGCCGGAGCCCGGCAGCACUGGCUGGAGGGGAUGCUGCGCCAUGAGAUAGGCACCCACUACAUCCGGGGGGUCAACAACACCCGCCAGCCCUGGCACAGCUCCGAGGGCCGCAAGCAGUACAGCCUCAAGCCCGCCAACCCCACCGAGGAAGGCUUGGCCAGCCUGCACAGCGUUCUCUUCCGCAAGCAGCCCUUCCUGUGGCGGGCAGCCCUGCUCUACUACACCAUCGAGCGGGCCAGCCRCCUCUCCUUCUCCGCGCUCUUCCAGGACCUGGAGCAGUAUGUCCAGGAUGCUGGUGUGCGGUGGGAAUACUGCGUGCGGGCAAAGCGGGGCCAGACAGACACCUCACAGCCAGGCUGUUUCAGUAAGGACCAGGUGUACCUGGACGGGAUUCUCCGCAUCCUGCGCCACCGGCAGACCAUCGACUUCCCACUGCUGGCUGCACUUGGAAAGGUCUCCUAUGAAGAUGUGAAUCGGCUGAAAAAAUUUGGAGUCCUGGAUAAGGCCCGCAUCCCCCAUUUCAUGCAGGACCUGGAGAGGUACAUGAAGCAGCUGGAUCACAUUGUCACCACCAAUGGCCUGAACGAGGAGGAGCUGGAGCAGCUGCUGCCUGACUGAGGGGCACCCCCUAAACCAGCACCCCAAGGGUGUAACUGGUGCUAUUUAUUGGGUAUUUAUUGGGGCUGGAGCAGAGGGCAGAGCCCAAGGUGGGCGCUGUGCAUGUAACCGCUGUGUAGGGUAGCGCGGCYGAGGGCCCGUGUGGUUGUGUUGAUGUGUCCCCCCACAUCGUCCCUGUAUAUUUUGGGGACAGCUGUGUGGCUCCACGUGGUUUUGGGGAGCCGAAGAAGAGGGUUCAGGGGGAACGAGGGUGGAGUUGGGGCAAUGUGCUGGUCCCUGAGCGCAGAAGGCUGUGCUGGGGGAGUUGCAACAGGGGGAUUUCUGUAGGGUACUGGGAGUGCUCCCAGCACUGUGGCGGCCCUACCUGGGGCAAGCAGACAGGACUGGGAGCUCUGGGCUGUGCCUGGCAGGGAAUAAGGGCUGGCCUGCACCCACAGAUUGUCCCAUGGAUGCCUUUUCCGCUCCCUAUCCCUUCCCUSAUGUCCUCUACCAGCAACAGCAGGGACUUUAAUCCCCCAUUACCAAUCUCUGCCCAGCUCUGCACCCCGGCUACAGCCACCCUGCCUGGCUUUGAGGACUCAGGGUGGGGACUGGGCUUGAUGUUAGGAAAAAGCGUGUAAUAAAGGUGAUGUAAUGGAAAGGACGUGUGGGCAAAAGGUUGUGGAUAGCAUCAAAAACCAGGCUGGUGGCACCACUGCGAACACCCACCGUGCCUCUUGCUGGCACAGGCAAAGCUGCAUGGACUGAGCUGGUGCGUCAGGGGCUGGAAGGGGUCAUGGAAUGUGAAAAACAACAUUCUGGGCAGGGACAACAUCAGUAAAUCAAAGUAGGCGAAAGUUAAAACUGACUUGAGUUGUUCCUGGUCUCUAACACACAAACUCUGCAGCAGUCAUGGCAACCUUAGGAG